GGGCAGCGCAAGGCGGAUGGACGGGCAGGAGCCCCUCUGGGGGGCGAGCCCUGGGCGCCUGCAAUCCAGGAGGAUGGAGGCCUCGUGCUUGGAAUUAGCCCUGGAAGGAGAGCGGGCGUGCAAGGCGGGGGAUUUCCCUUCUGGAGCUGCCUUCUUCGAACACGCAGUCAAGGUGGGGACGGAGGACCUGAAGACGCUCAGUGCCAUUUACAGCCAACUGGGCAAUGCCUACUUCUAUCUGAAGGACUAUGCCAAAGCUUUGGAGUACCAUAAGCACGACCUCACACUGGCCAGAACCAUCGGGGAUCGGAUCGGCGAGGGCAAAGCCAGCGGCAACCUUGGCAACACGCUGAAAGUCCUGGGUCAGUUCGACGAAGCCUUGGUUUGUUGCCAGAGGCACCUGGACAUCUCUCAGGAGCAAGGAGACAAGGUGGGAGAGGCCCGAGCACUGUAUAACAUCGGCAACGUCUACCAUGCCAAAGGCAAGGAGGCGUUGUGGACCCUGCCCCAGGAGGAACCAGGCCAGCUGCCCCAGGAGAUUCAAGAGGCUCUGCAAAAGGCAUGUGAAUUUUACAAGAGGAACCUUUCCCUCGUGAAGGAGUUGGCUGACAGAGCUGCACAAGGCAGGGCUUACGGGAACCUGGGCAAUGCGCAUUACCUGAUGGGCAACUUCAGCAAAGCUAUCGUCUUCCACAAGCAGCGGCUGAACAUCGCUAAGGAAUUUGGAGACAGGGCUGCCGAGAGGAGAGCGUACAGCAACUUGGCCAAUGCUCACAUCUUCCUGGGGAGCUUCGAUAUUGCCGCAGAGUAUUACAAGAAAACCCUCCACCUCUCCAGGCAGCUGAAGGACCAAACGGUGGAAGCCCAGACAUGCUACAGUCUUGGAAACACCUAUACCCUUCUUGAAGACUAUGACAAGGCUGUGGAGUACCACCUAAAGCACCUGGCCAUCGCCCAGGAACUUGGAGACAGAGUGGGAGAAGGAAGAGCGUGCUGGAGUUUGGAGAAUGCUUAUGUUUCACUUGGGAAGUAUGAACAAGCCUUACACUUUGCAGAAAAACAUCUUGAAAUCUCCCAAGAGAUUGGGGACCCCACUGGUGAGGUGACAGCAUGCACAAGCAUUGAACAGCUGCGAUCCGCGUUGGGCUCGGAGCAGAGCGGUGUGGGGCCUGAUGCCUCGGUUUCUGCUGGAUAUGAAAUCCAAGGAGCCAGGCCGAAGUGGGCCCAAACAAACAACAUGAACAGCUUUGAGCUCCUGAGGUUCCCACCUGAAAAGGACCAGAAUGGAGAGAACCUUCACUUGGGCGACCUUGAAAUAACUGGGAAAGAUUCCUUGCCUUUCUCUGCUAGCUCCCAUAAAUAUCGGCAAAACCCAUCAUUGUUGGAGAAUUAUAGUGAAUCUCCUCUGGAAGCCAGUGAUGUCCAAGUCCAGUUAUCCCAGCUGAAAACCAAGCGAGCCCCUUCCAGUGAGGACUGUUUCUUUGACCUCUUGAGCAAAUUCCAGAGCAACCGGAUGGAAGACCAGCGCUGCCCUCUGGAAGACUCCCAGAGAGAGUCGGAUGAAGCAGCGGCUACCCCUGUCCCUGCCCGGGAAGAGGCACAAACUCAGUCCAUGGCCUCCCCGCAGACCGAGGAGCUCUUCGACCUCAUUGCCAGCUCCCAGAGCCGGCGGCUUGAUGACCAGCGGGCCAGCGUGGGGAAUCUUCCCGGGCUCCGCAUCACGCCCAGCAACCUGGGCCACCUUCGCAUGGACGGCGAGGCCCAAGAGCCUGGCGACGAAUUCUUCAACAUGCUGAUGAAAUGCCAGUCCUCCCGCCUGGAUGACCAGCGCUGUGCCCCACCCCAUUCCAUCCCCCGUGGCCCCACGGUGCCCGAUGAGGACUUCUUCAGCCUCAUCCAGCGAGUCCAAGCCAAGCGCAUGGAUGAGCAGAGGGUGGACCUGGCUUCAGGAGAAGAAGACGACCAAGCCAAGGAUUGAGCACCAGAUCACUAGCCAAGACCCAUCUUCAGUUAAGCCAGAGCAAACAGCCAGCGAAGGGAAGGACUUCUGGAGGCCCCCAGCUGAAGAUCUGGGCCGUGGCACUCAGGGCAUUCUUGGGCGGGGGGGGGCAAUGCACUUUCUCCCCCUGGAGAACAUGGCACUGGCAAGAGCGGCAAGCAGAAUGGGUGGGCACUUCCGGCUGACCGAGGCGCCUGUGGGCCAACCGGGCAAGAGUGAGGCUUCUUUUCUGCUUGAACAUCGUCUGUGAAAACCAGGCUCAGGAACCGAGGAACGGGGAGGUCUCCACCAAGGAGUCUGGAUAGGGGCCACACCCCCAAGGGGCUGCUGGAGGGGUUGACAGCCCCUCCCCCGCCCCGCCAAGUCAGGUUGAUUUAUGUCUCUUGUCUCUUUAGGCCUGUAUCCCGUGCCAAAUCAUCAGCCCACUUGGGAAUAUGAAUUGGAGACAAUCAGUGACUCUGUGUGUGUGUGUGUGUGUGUGCGGGCGAACCUUGCUUUCAAAAUGUGCUUUUGGGUGCCCUUUUAUCUCAGGUGCAAUCGGACGCUAGUUGGAAAGGUGCUAGGGAGGAGACAAGAGGGAAGCAAACACCCAGAACCAAGAUGUUUGGUUUCUGUUAGCCAAGGGAAAUUGGGUGGAACACAUAAGUACAGGUGGCCUUUGACUUACGACCACAGCUGGGUUCAGAAUCAGGUCGGGUGGCCGUUUUGCUCAGCGACUGCAGUCCAGGCUCUGCCAGCGAUGUAGUGCUUAUUAAGCAGAGCUGGAGAGGGGGCUCUUGGGGUGGGGGAGAUCCAGUGCAGGCUGCAAUGGCUGUCCAGCAGGCAGAAAUCUUCUGCAGGCCAGGCCUGUGUUGGCUACAGGGCCCACUGGGGCACAGAAAUAUCCGUGGAGCCUCUGCCUGCCCCAUCAGCCCUUUGGCUGAUUACAGGAUCCAGUGCCACUUGCAAAAUUGCUCCAGGCCAUUCAAAGUGGCAAUGAAGUUAUUCUAAGUCACUCGCUUUCAGUAUUCUGCGUCUCUAUAGAAAUACGGUAGAUGGGUGGGGGUAGUUGCCGCAGUUCUUAAGGUGGGAUGUGAUCACUGCUUGAGCCAUGGUGACGCAGUGGUCAGUGUGCAGUACUGCGGGCUGCUUCCGCUGAGUACCAUCUGCCUGCAAUUUGGUGGUUUGAAUCUCACCAGGCUCCAGGUUGACUCAGCCUUCCAUCCUUCUGAGGUCGGUACAACGAGGAGCCAAAUUAUUGGGGGCAAAGAGGCUGUAAACCAUUUAGAGAGGGCUGGAAAGCACCGUGAAAGCUUAAGUGCUAUUGCUCAAAGCCUGCAAUCCCAGCAUGUCUGCUUGUUAAGUGGAACCUGGAAUCCCAGGUUCGAGGUGCCAGGGGUGUCUUAGGAAGGCUGGGGAAAUCCUGGGGUGCCCGAGGCAGGCCAUGCAGGAUGGCAGAUGCUCCAGUGAAUCACGAAGCUUGUAUCCAGCCCACCAGGGUUGGGAGAUUUGGUCUGCUAAUACACAAAGUGUCUCAUUUUGGCUAUUCCUUUCCAACUAUGGUCAGGCGUGCCCAGCCUGUGUGUGGCAAAGCUUUAUUGAGGCUGCCUUCCGCCACUCUCCAAGUGGUCUCCAUUCCCGUGAUCUUUCAGAAGUUUUGCAUGCUCAGAGGAAGGGCAGAGAUGGGGUCAGGAAGAGGCAGGUGGGGGAGCCACAGUGCCCUUGUGAGCAGUCAUAAGGUCUGGCAGGGUGCGGCGUGUCGACUUUUCAUUACGUGGCCACAGGGGCAUUGACAAUGGCCAUAACUUCAGGGACAGGUUAUGUCCCUUCAUUCAGGACUGCCAUAAGGAAUGGUUAAUGCGGGCUACCUCUCUAGCUACUGCAGCCUUUCACAAAAAUAAUAUUUUUAGUAACCAGUUGAAGGAUUUUCAGGCAAAAUAAUAAAGAUUUUAGCCAGAUUCUGGCCCUCUUUUAAUCUGGUUUCCUUGAAGGUAGAGAAGAGCUGUUGUUUUUUUUCUCUGCUUUAUCGUGGACUGUUGGUUUGGAGUUUAUUCCACAAUUAUAUCAGCAGCUGUGGAAUUAGACAAAGUUAGUUGACAUUCCCCUGGGCAAUUGACUUUUUCCUGGUUUCCCUACUUGUGUGGUACUUUCAAAACUCCUUUUGAAGGGAUAUUCUAUGGUGGCCCCCACAAAAAAAAAUCAGGAGUUGAUUGCAUGCUGCAGCUCCUCAAAGCACCGUCCUUUUCAUAGAGCAUGUUAGUUGGGAUAGGUGCUCCGCAACUCCCGAUUCUUUUGCCUUUUGAACAUCCCAGAAAGAUUGGACAACUUGCCAAGAACCGCCCAGGUCUCCAGUGUGUGUUUCUAGUCUGCCUGAACCGCAGACCAAGACCACAGAAGAGGUCCCUGUUGAGAAGGGAGAUCCUGAUGACCCAACGGUCCUAGACCCGGACCAGAUCAAGGAGGCGGUUGCCCAGUGUUGUGUGAGGUCCAAAGGCCUCAGUGGGAAUCAGGCCAGGCCAUGUGCGUAAGUCUGUGAACCCAGCCGGCCGUGCUUAAUGGGUUCCUUUUCCCCCAACCAAUCUAUGGUGGAGCCUCCCGCCAUAGGGAGGAAAAAGGCCCUUCGUGCAAACCAUUCCUUGAGCAAAAGGGUUUGAGCUCUUGAUGGAAGAGGGAGGGAGGAGAAACGCAUCGCUUGUGGUCAUGGGAACCCAACUGCGGCAGCUCAGAAAUCCUGGCCGCUACAGUGAAGGGCUGGCUUUGUUUCCCUUUCUCCAUCCCGUCUGUCGACUGUCCAGCUACAUUA